AUGGCGGACGUCAAGAAGCCCGUGAGCGUCCCUGAGCUACGGAAGAGCGAAGAUGUGAAGCCUCUCAAGAAGACGCCUAUACGCUAUCCGUUCUGGUUUGGUGGAAGCGCAAGUUGUUUUGCGACUUUCUUUACACAUCCUCUGGAUCUUGCCCAGCUCCGCCAAGGGACAUACAGCAUGACACGCUUCGGUGUCUACGAAGCCCUCAAAGACCGCAUGACGACCGCCGACACGAAACCCUCGUUCCUCACGCUCGUCGGCAUGGCUUCCAUAUCAGGAUUCCUCGGAGGAUUCGCCGGUAACCCAGGAGACAUCUUGAACGUACGGAUGCAGCACGAUGCCGCACUACCAAAAGAAAAGCGGAGAGGAUACAAGAACGCGAUUGAUGGGAUAAUACGAAUGUCGCGGGAAGAAGGAGUAGCAAGUCUAUGGAAAGGCGUCUGGCCCAACUCGUCAAGAGCUGUGCUCAUGACAGUUGGACAGUUGGCAACAUACGACGGAUUCAAGCGCGUGCUGCUGAACUACACGCCGCUGCAAGACAACCUCGCAACACAUUUCUCAGCAUCCUUCUUGGCUGGAUUUGUAGCUACAACGAUAUGCUCGCCGGUAGAUGUCAUCAAAACUAAAGUCAUGAGCUCCAGUGAGAGUGUGGGACUAGUGAAGACAGUCACGGAUACUAUGAGAGCAGAAGGAUUCCGCUGGAUGUUCAAGGGCUGGGUACCGAGCUUCAUUCGCGUCGGCCCGCACACCGUGCUCACGUUCUUGUUUUUGGAGCAACAUAAGAAGGUCUACAGGCAAUUGAAGAAGCUGGAAUAG